UUUUGAAAGAAUUUAUCAAAGAAAGAAAACAAUUGUAAGUUGUUGGAUUUUUUCGCCCUGUUUCCUGGAUUCGGAAACGUUGAAAGUAAAUCAUAAUCCAAAUUAAUGCUUCAGCAAUUUCCAUCAGUUUCUUUUGCAUCAUGGAAUCCAUCUCAGAGGGGUGUUUGCCUUGGCAUGGUGGAGCGUAAGAGACCUCGAUUACCAGUCUCGAGGUCGUAUUCUCUUUGGUUGAAGUUGCAGAUCACGCAAGAAAAGAUUCAAACUGAUGGCCCGACAACAUCAGGGACUUUCUGUUGUGGUAGUCAGAGGCCUGCUCGAAGAUUUAACUCUAAGAAACAGGAAGCAAAUCCUCAAAAUGUGGAUCUUCCUCCAUUGCUGCCCAAGCAACAAAAAAAACCUUAUCCAAUCCCUCUUAAGAAGAUACAGCAGAAUGCCAGAGCUGACAAAAAGCUUGCACAAAUGGGAAUAGAGAAGCCCCUCGAGCCUCCAAAAAAUGGACUUCUUGUUCCUGAUCUAAUUCCAGUUGCUUAUGAUGUACUGGAUGCUUGGAAAAUUCUAAUUAGAGGAAUUGCACAGCUCUUGCACAUUGUUCCUGUUCACGCUUGCAGCGAGUGCUCAGAAAUUCAUGUAGCACAGAGUAGUCAUGACAUUCAAAAUUGCCAUGGCCCAACCAGUCCACAGCGCAAAGGCUUCCAUUCAUGGGUCAAAGGAUCAAUUAAUGAUGUACUUCUCCCUAUUGAGUCAUACCAUAUGUAUGAUCCUUUCGGUAAGCGCAUUAAACAUGAGACUCGAUUUAUGUAUGACAGAAUUCCAGCUCUUGUGGAGCUAUGCAUCCAAGCAGGAGUUGAUUUACCAGAAUACCCUUCAUGGCGUCGCACUGUGCCUGUCCGAAUGAUUGGGAGGAAAGUGAUCGACCGAGGUGGAUUUGUCGACGAGCCUGCAAAACAGUGCAUCCCUGUAGUUUCAAAUUCUUCACUGGUAGACCUUGACACACACAGGGUGUCUGAGCGAUUUCCAACUCCAACAGAGUUAGAAGUGCCUAGGAUCGCACAGGAGACCAUCCGUGCAUACGAGGAAGUCAAAUGGGGUGUGGCGAAGCUGAUGAGGAAGUACACAGUGAAGGCUUGUGGGUAUUGCUCGGAGGUUCAUGUGGGUCCAUGGGGUCACAAUGCUAAGCUUUGUGGAGAAUUUAAGCACCAAUGGAGGGACGGGAAGCACGGUUGGCAGGAUGCCACGGUGGAUGAAGUUUUCCCCCCGAAUUAUGUGUGGCAUGUUCGGGAUCCAAAAGGGCCUCCUUUGAGGAGUGCACUUAAGAGGUUCUACGGGAAGGCUCCGGCUGUAAUUGAAAUGUGCAUUCAGGCAGGUGCUCAAGUUCCUGAUAAAUACAAGCCCAUGAUGCGGCUUGAUAUUGUUGUCCCAGAAAGCGAUGAAGCUUUCUUUGUUGCGUAGCGAGGCUUGUCAAGGUGGAAGAAGCUUUAUACUAACAAAUGUUCUCUACAGAACUUUGUAAUACAGUUGACAAUGUAAAGUGAGGUACCAAAUUUGCAUUUGCACAGAGCGCAGAAGGGGUUUUAGUACCUGUGUCGCGACAACUAUGUUGAAUCUGAUUGCUGCGCGGUAAUUUACAAUCACGGUAAGAUUUCUGGUUGAUGACUGCAUCUAAUGUAGGCAUAUUGAAUGUCGUUGAAAUUGAAUCUGCUGUAAUUCAAGUGAAUUUGUAAAUUAUUGAUUUAAAUUAAAUAGAACACAGGUUGAAUUAAAAUA